CCGCUUGCGCAGACCUGCACAGAUCAAGUGUACGAAACCCUGUUCCUAUGACAUCCGCUACGUGAGAUUUACUUUCAGUUGCUUUUCGAAUACAUUUAGAAAAAUACCAUUACCGUCGGGGACGAGUUUUCGGGAGCUUUCGGACACUUUAUUAAAUAUCUAGUUUGGAUUAUACAACUUUCGGAGCGACUUUGGUGCCUUAAUGAUGAGUGCUGUAGGGGCCACUGAGGGCCUGUUCUUCUCUGCCUUACAGCCCAGCACAUCGGUCACUACAUACGCGGUCCCGUCCGAUGACCAGCUGGCGAGAGACCGACUGUCUAAAGUGAAGCGCGUCCAGCUGCAGGUCCAGCAGCGCAUGGCGGAGAAAGCCGCUUCAUCAUCCCGACAGAGCGCUUCUCACGUUACCUCAACAGAAUUUAAUGGCUCGUCCACCACAAGAUACCAAACAGGCCCUGGAUUCAGUUCCAAGUCUCUAGUCUACAAUGGCAACAGAACAAUAGCAACCCCCAGGACGUCUCAGCACACAGAGGGAUUUUCAUCUCGCUCUGCGGUAGAAAUGGGAACUCGGCACAGAAUCAGUCUAGGUACCCCCAUGCCGGCAGUAGUGGGUCGCCCGCACGUGUCACACGAUGACGCCCAUCUGAGUGGCUCUUACACCAAUCAGAUACACAAUGAAUCAAGAACAAUGGAUCGGACUGAGCAUGAGGCAGCAUUAAUGGGUGGCCAUACAAUGCACCGGCAGUCAUCACCUGUAGCCAACUGGAUGCAGUCCUACGGCCGCAGCCCUUCACCAAGUGUAGUGCAGAAGCAACGGCACCUAAGCGACACCUUGGCACAGGAUGGUUCUAGUAGAGGAUGGAAGGAGUCCGAGUUUGCUCAUCAGUAUUCAUUUAAAGGCCCAUCCCACCGCACCAUCAGCCGCAUAAAUAAUCGACAGGUGCAACAGCAACAGCAGCAGCAGCAGAGGAUGAGUGGCAGCUCCAUGCAAUGGCAACAGAUGUCCACAGGAGCCAGCACUAUGAUGGGUGCCGGACAUUACCAGGGCACCAUAAAGAGAGCGGGGUCUGUUCAUAGUAUGAAGAGUGUGGGCCGUGGCGUGGAUGUGUGUGAUGGAUUUGCAGAUGCAAUUGCAGAUGGUUUUGGCGGAAUCCAUAAUCUGGACAUGACCACAGCAAUCAACUAUAUCUCUUCCACCGAUGUUGCCAUGCAGAUGUUGGGAGCAGCGUACAUACAGCAUCAGUGUUACCACAGCAAUGAAGCCAAAGUCAUGGUACGCAGUCUGAAGGGAAUCCCUGUAUUAGUGCAGCUGUUUAGCAGUGAGAACCAAGAGGUGCAACGCUACGCCACAGGAGCUACACGCAACCUCAUCUACGAGAACAUGGACAACAAGACUGCACUUAUCGAAGCCGGUGGAAUUAGCAAACUCAUUGGUGCUUUAAAAGAACUGGAUGAUGAACUACGCAAAAAUAUCACAGGUAUUUUGUGGAACCUGUCUUCUAAAGACAGUCUGAAGGAAAGGUUGGCCAGAGAGAGCUUGUCUGAGCUGACAGAGCGAGUGCUGGUGCCUCUAUCUGGAGGUGGAGAUGCUGGGGUCAUUCAGCAGAGCAUGUCUGAGGCUGAUAUAUUCUACAACACCACAGGCUGUCUCAGGAACCUGAGCUCAGUGAAUGAAAGAACCAGGCAACAGAUGCGUGAAACUCGUGGGUUGGUCGACUCCCUGGUUGGAUACAUCCAAAACUCUCUAGAUGAGGGAAAAGUAGAGGACAAGGGUGUGGAGAACUGCGUAUGUGUUCUGCGCAAUCUCUCCUACCAGCUGUAUACUGAGAUCCCUGCGUCAGUUCAGAUGCGUUUGGAAGGAGCCUCACGAGCACAGGGCACACGCCACAGCGACCCCAUAGGCUGCUUCGCCCCACAAAGCAAGAAGUCAAAAGAUAAGAAUCAAGAUCUGUCCACCUUCUCUGAAGUUGCACGAGUGCCUAAAGGAGCAGAGUGGUUGUGGCACCCUCAGAUAGUCGGUUUGUACAACCGCAUCCUGCAGGUCUGCGAGACGAACACAUGCACGCGCGAGGGUGCGGCGGGAGCCCUGCAAAACAUCACUGCCGGAGAGUUCAGGUGGGCCUCUGUGUUGAGUCGUGUGGCACUGGAACAGGAGCGGAUGUUACCCGUGAUUCUCGACCAAUUACGAACACCCACCGACACUGAACUCCGCUCUCUCAUGGGUCUUCUGAGAAAUCUCUCCCGACACUGCAAAAACAAAGCUGAUAUGGCCACCAAAGUGGUGAAUAUUCUGGUGACUAAACUCCCAAGUGACGGAUAUCAGAAAGAACCUUCUAGUGACGUGGUGGUGAAUAUCUGUGGAGUUUUCAAUAAUCUUGUUACAGGAAGUUCUGUAGCUGCAAGAGAUAUCGCUUUCUUUGAUGGACUGCCCAAGCUGGUCGGCAUUAAGACAUCUCAUGACAACAGUCCUGGGAAACUAAAGGCAGCCAGAGCUGCUUCCACAGUUUUGUGCAAUAUGUUUCAGUACAGCAAACUCCACAGAGACUACAAACAGAAAGGAUACGCAAAACGAGAUUUCAUUGAUGCAACCAUCUAAUCUUAUCUGUAUACAUGACUCAAUACUAAACUGGACGAGAUGGCAGUAGACAUCUGUAGGAUUUUACCACCGAAGUCACAACUGGAAUAUGACCAGACUCUAUAAGCAGUGAGGAGAGCGAACGCUGGAGUUUUUACUCUAUAGCCUAAGUUGGAAAGCUGACAACACCCUUAAGUAUUAUGACAUGCCAGAGACGUAGAGAAAUGCUUGCAGAGGAUUGAGCCUGGAUGGCCCACAUGUGUGUCUUUGUUGAAUUUACUAUUUAACUCUAAAGCCUGUUUGGGAGAAGGCAACAGAUAGGCACAAAAUAUUAGCUCCUGUGAGUCUCAUUGCAUAUUGCAAUACACACCAAUUCUCUCACCAAGACAUGCUAUUUUUACAUUGUUGCAGAUGGAAAAUGGAUGCACAGUUUUAAUGGGAAAAAUGUUCAAUAAUAAACUUUGCCUAGAGAAGCACUAAACUAAAACAUUGCAGUUGCUUACAAUUACAGAGACAAAUUUGCUGCUUUAUCAAUAUUUGCUUUUCAUGUAACACCGCUGCAGGCUUUGUGGUUGUUACAGUUAUUGGAGUGUGAAAGAAAUGAGAAGUGAAAUUAAUUUACAUCUGAAAUAAACUUUGUAGCUGAAUUUGUAACUGAAUAUCAUGUUAAACCAUUAUGUAGCGAAGCACAAAUAUAACGCUCACUGCCUUAACAAAUAAAUACAAUAAAAUACAUUUGUAUUGUAAUUCAAUUCAUGAACAUUGUAAAGCAAAAUAAUUCUCUGCUUUGUUGUGUGACAGUUGUAAAGAAUGCAUUAAACUAAUCGCUAAAAAUCGUUAUUAUAUAAUAUAGUAACAUUCUUAAAAAAGCUUGUUGUGUUGUCUGUCAAAUGGUCUACUUUUCUGAACUAUCAUUCAUAUUUGCUGGCUUUCUGUCUGUAUUAAA